AUGGCGACCUCCUUCGGUUUCGGCGGCUCCGCGGCCGCGGGCUCCACGGCCUCCUCCCCCUUCUCCUUCUCCUCCACCCCAUCCGCCUUCUCCUUCUCCCAGCCGGCGGCUGCCUCCUCCCCUGCCCCCACCUUCGGCUCCUCCCUCUUUUCCUCAUCCUCCGCCGCCGCUUCCUCUGCCCCCACUUUCGGGUCCUCCCUGUUCGGGGCCUCGUCCGCCGCCGCGCCCGCCUCCUCCCCCACUUUCGGCUUCGGAUCCACCCCCUUCUCGUUCGGUCAGUCCACGGCGGCCGCCUCAUCGGCCGCGUCCGCGCCAUCCCUCUUCGGCGCAACGCCCGCAUCCUCCGCCGGAACAACACCUAGCUUAUUCGUCGCUGCUACCUCCGCCGCAAGCAGCCCUGGCCUCUUCGGUGCCGCCUCCGCUGCCGCAAGCAGCCCCGGCCUCUUCGGUACGUCCGCCACCGGCUCUGCAGCGACCUCCUCGGGUCUGUUCGGUGGUACCGCCUCCGCGGCGACCACCCCGGGCCUAUUCGGCGGGACUUCCUCCGCAGCGACCACACCGAGCCCAUUCGGGGCCACCUCCUCCGCGUCGGCGACAUCUAGUCUGUUCGGCGCCGCCUCUUCUGCUGCGUCCACCCCAAGCCUCUUCUCUGGAGCCGCCACGGGCUUUAGCUUUGGCUCGUCGGCGUCCGGUUCCACCACUACCACGGCCGCCGCCCCGGCACCAUCAUUCGGCUUCUCGUUCAACUCGGGGGCGGCCGCGUCAAGCACUGCCUCCACCGCGACAUCAGCACCGGCUUUAGGGUUUGGCGGCUCCACUGGCUCGUCACUGUUCGGAUCCACCACCUCCGCGCCCCUCUUCAGCACCACCACCGCCUCUUCUCCAGCGCCUGCUGCGACCACCACGCCAUCCUUUGGGUUCUCUUCCUCGCCAGCAACAACCGCUUCCGCCCCAUCGUUUGGCUUUACACCGUCAGCAGGAAGCGCGACUAUGGGGAACACGGCUCCUUCCUUGUUCUCAUCUGCUUCCUCGAGCCCUGCCUUCGCUUUCGCCAAGAGCACAUCCACCACCACAGUAACCACACCGGCGUCCUCGCCCUCCACUGGCUUCUCCUUGGCCACUUCGCAGGCUGCACCUGCUCCCUUAUUGUUCUCUAAUACCGGUGCAGCAGGCAGCUCGUCUGCCACUACGCCUGGAUUCUCGUUUGGUUCAUCUUCGGCAGCUUCUACACCAACUUUAGCUUCCGUGUCUGCAACUGGUGCCUCCACUGUGCCAUCAGCUGCUGCAGCUUCUGCAACAUCUGGGUCAUUGUUCCCAACUGCUUCUACCAGUAGUUUCAGUUUUGCAGUGGUGCCAUCAUCGUCAUCAGCAGCGGCAGCUACUGCCACUACCACCACUGUUACAAGUGCAUCUACAUCUGCAGGCAUGACAACCACGGCUCCUUUGACUGGAACAACGGGGUUUCCAAAUUUUAAUCUUCAAACAACUACACCAGCUUCUACCUCAUCUCCCACACUGGCAUUUGGUGUUUCUACUGCUGCUGCUAGCACAUCAGCCACCAGCACCACAACUCAGGCAACUUCCUCAGCUGUUCAAGCUAGCAGCACAGGUCCGACUACUACUACAUCUAUCACUCCAGCAGCAUCCCAGGCACCUAAGCUACCAUCAGAAAUUGUUGGCAAAAGCGUUGAGGAGAUUAUUAGGGACUGGAACAAUGAGCUUCAAGACCGUACUGCGAAAUUCAGGAAACAUGCCACCGUAAUAGCUGAAUGGGAUAAGAGAAUUCUGCAAAACAGAAAUGUUCUUAUUAGGCUUGAGGCUGAGGUGGCUAAAGUUGUUGAAACACAAACAGGCUUGGAGCGUCAACUUGAGUUGAUAGAAACUCAUCAGCGAGAGGUAGACAAGGCUCUACAGAGUAUGGAGGAGGAAGCUGAACGCAUAUUCCAGGAUGAACGAGUGUUACUUCGUGAAGAUGAGGCUGCUUCAGCAAGAGAUACUAUGUAUGAACAAGCAGAAGUUGUGGAGCAUGAACUGCAACAUAUGACAGAACAAGUGAAAUCCAUCAUUCAAACUAUGAAUGCUACUCAGGGUGGUGAGCUCGAGUCCGCUGAUAGUAUGACACCAUUUGAUGUUGCGGUCCGGAUACUCGAUAAUCAACUGCGUUCCCUGAUGUGGAUUGAUGAGAAGGUUAACGAGUUCUCUGGCAGAAUACAGAGGCUGCCCAACAACAGCUCUUCAGCUGAACGUGACUCUGGGAUUCCCAGGUUUUGGUUAAGCUGA